ACGACAGUGCGCGUCGACGACGAGUCGAGCAAGUUGGCUACGAUUGUCUGCGAUUGUCGUCGUGAAGAGAGCUGUCAGAAUUGGUCGCGCGAAUGUUAUCACGCCCGUUCUGCUGAUUGCUGCGUAUGCAGAUUGUACGUAAUAACGUAUGUGUAGAGGCACACGGGCGCGAUCGAAUGACUUGAAGCAUCAUGUGAGACCAACGAGUAAAGCUAGCGCCUUGGUGGUUAAUGCCUUUAAUUUCUUCGGUCGUGUGAGUCGUGUCUACCAGUGUCUACCGCACUUGUGAAAAUUCGGGGUAUAACCUGCCUUGGUAUUAGCGUUAAAUGUUUCGGUCGUGACCAUCUCUUGGACCGAAUGAUACGCUAUCGCGGUACUAUGAAGUUACACGAUGGAGCUUUCCGAAUCGCGAAAUGUUGUUAAAGAUUUAGAUUUAACCCUUCAACCGCGAAUUGCCCCGCGAUACAAAACUUGGCUUCCUCUCGGCACCCAACAGUUACGACUCAGAGGUUUAGUGCAAAUAAUAGGCCAUAAUCUAAAGGCUAAUGGAGAAAUAUGUUGGUUCUACUACACCUUACAUAGAUCGAGUAUGUCCUCUCCGUUGUAUACGAGCGAGGCGAUUGACAAUGCUAAUCCGAGAUGGUCGAGUCUCGAAGUACCGACUCUGCAUGCCACAGGUUACUCAACAGCCAGUGAGAUUAUCCUAAGGGUCUGGAAGCGCUCGAUGCCAUCUGACAAUACAGCUGACGUAACCCUCUUCACAUGGGGAAUAUCAUUUACAGGAUUGACGUACAUCGGUCCUAAGCUACCACCUAAUCUGCAAACUAUUCUAAAUGAAAACUCUUUGAUAUUUCACUUUCAUGGUGGAUACUUUACUCCCGUCUACUGCUUUGCGACAGUACCACACUCAAAGCGCUAUCUUUAUAUGACUUUAAAUGCAUCCGAAGUAAAGAAUAGUUAUACUGUCAACAAGCUCAGCAGUUUAAGAAGCAAGAUGCAGGCACUAAAGCAACAAACGGAAUCUGUGCAAACGCUCAGAGUACGUAUUGCCUCGGGUGAUGAUUUUCACACUCCCAGGUAUCCACAGACUACUUUGAGCAGACUGUUGCAACCGCGGAGAGUCAACAGGGAAAAGAAAUUGGAAAUCAUGAGAGUACGUAAAGAGCUGGAGAUGGCGAAAUUUAGAACAAAAUUGUUGGAACAAGAAAGAGCGCGGAAAAUGGGAGAGAUUCGUCUAUUGAAUCAGUUACAUACCAAUAUUGUAGAAGAGAAUCAAGAUCACGGUUCUGAUUUAAUGGAUAAGUAUAGAGAGCUGAAUAAAGACGUAGAGAGACUGAAUGAGUGGCGACAAAAUCAUGUAGAUACGAGAGAAACGUACUUGCAGUUGAGCAGCCAACUCGCACAGAGACGACGACAGUUAAUCUCAGAACUAUGUUUAAUAUAUCCUAUUAGGCAGGAUAGUACCGGAAAGUUUAGAAUAAAUGACGUUUAUUUGCCAGACAGUGAGGAAUUGGAGUUGUCGAAUGACACACAAGUGGCUGUGGCAUUAGGUUUUGUUGCACAUACAACGCAAAUGAUUGCAAAUUUUUUGAAUGUCCCGACCAGAUAUCCCAUCAUACAUUAUGGCUCGCGCAGCAAAGUUAUAGAUCAUAUCACAGAAAGUUUACCUGACAAUGACCGACAGUUUCCACUGUUUGCUCGAAGCAAGGACAAAUUACAAUUCCAUUAUGCUGUGUAUCUAUUAAAUAAAAAUAUAGCACAGCUUCGAUGGUAUUGUGGCCUCCCGACCACCGAUUUGAGAGCAACGUUGCCGAAUCUUGCUACGCUGAUCAACAUUAAGCCCAAUCAGAUACAUUUGGACGAUUCGAAACGAACAUUUUCUACCUCCUCUUUGGACACUGAAAGCGGUAAUGGUAAACAAAAUCCACCUCUUACACCGCCACUGCAAAAGAUAAUUUUCGAGAAAUAUCAUCGCUCUUCUCGAUCAAUGAGUCAAUUGAAAAAUAUAAAAUCGUCUCUUGGAUCUUCUUUGGAUCAAGGUUUGGACAAACCUGUACAAUCACCAGCGCUAGGUAGUCAAUCGAAGCGAAUUUGUAAGUCCGAAGAGAGUGCCAUUGACAAUAAAACCUUGGUAUUGGCUAAGGAUCGAUCGAGCAACAGUAGUAACGAGACGUUAAACAGUGCCAUUCUGAACAAUAUUGAUAAUAUAACUCUUAAGGAUAAAAGUGAUUUUGUCGAGAUUAGCGAUAACAUCGUUAUUGAAAAUAACAUUGAGAUUAUGAUACCUACAUCGGUUUCUAAAGCAAGAAAUGUCACGGAUAGCUUGGAAAGUUCCGUGAGUGCUCGAGAUAGAAGCUCCAAUUCCAUAAGCAGCUGCGAAAUGGCUCUCGGCAGUAGCCAAAAUGACGUGGAUGAGGGCUCGAAUGGUAAUCAUGUUAUUAAGAGAGAAAGAGUCGAUGAUAAUGUGUUUUCGAUCGAUGAUAAUUUAAGAAAUGUUAAGGAUGUGAUAGACAGUGCGCUGCAGAAGAACGGUGAAUACAGUAAAAGUCAUGAUUGCAGAAACAAUGUUUCACAAAGUUACGACUUGAAUGGUAAAACUGUUAGUGAACAGAGUAAUAGGGUUAGUAGUGGACACGAUGCGCUUACGGAAACUGCCGCCUACAGCAGAGAGCGUUUUGUUAAAUCGUGCUCAUCUUUGAACGAUGUGUGUACUUAUAAAGAAGCGGAGGAAAAACAAAGAACAAAUUCUAUCUGUAGCUAUACUGAAGAAUACAGAAAAAAUGCUACCUUACGACAGAAACAUCGUUCUGAAUCUAGAGAAAUAAAACCGGAUUGUCUUCAACAUGCUGAGAAAUGGCCUCGGAAUAUUGUAAGAAAUGAACCAAUGGUGGAUACGAGGUCAAUUCUAAGUACAUCGAGAUCAGAAUGCUGUUACGAUGAAGUAAAACUACAAUGUGACAUUCAAGCGUCAAGCGAGUAUAUAGAUGUGAUUAAGCGUAGCUCAGAAAACGUGUGUGCGCGCACCGAAGCUUUAGUUAAUAAGAAAACUAGUUUCAAAGUUAUGAAACCGCGUCUUUAAUAUCUGCCUAGGCUACAGUUCUGUCCUGAUAUAAUAGGUGCAAGUACCAAAGGUCUUGAGAUAUGUUCAGUGUGUAUUUCACAUUUUGUAUAUCUACGUGGUUGAUACGAUAAAAAUUCUUUAAAUCUUAUUUGAUUGAUUGUUACACAGAGAUAUUUAUUCAAUUUUAUUUAUUCAAAAUAAACACAAAAACUGUAAUAAAUCACUGUCUUAUAUGCGGAUAUGGAAUUAUAUACUUGAUGGCAAAUAUAAGCUAAAUUAUCUAUAAGGAUAAAAUAAAAAAAUCCGUUAUGAUUACCUAUUAUUCUACACGCGCACAUUUAUAGCUCCUUCCGUUAUCUUAGCGCAAACCACCAUCAUACGUUCUUCAUUAUAAUAAUAAUAUAGAAAUAGCUUUUUUGUAACAAAAUUAUGCAUCUUUGUACACAUGAUAUUAGUUAUGUUUUACUUAAUGUAUUUGUAUUGCACUUGUGACGAAAACUUUGGACAGUUGGACAGUUGGUUAAUCGUAAUCAACGGUGGUAAGUCGAGAUUUUAUUUUAUUUUAUUUGGUAGUAAGAUGUAAAUAUGUAUUGAUACAGUCAUGAGUUACUAUAAUACGUAUAUCCCACAAAAUUUAUAUUGUUGUCAUCUCUCUACGAAAGCAUUUUCAUUAAACUGAGGUAAACAUAUGCGUUACACACAAAGUUUGUACAUAGGUACUCUGUAGAUAUACAUUUUUUCACUGUACUUAAUUCACAUAAUUGACCAAUGUUUAGUUUAUGAUUAUAAUACAAGCGAUCAAAUUCAUCAAUAUCAAUCCUAUUUUUAUCACUGGAAAUAUUACAGCAUACCGCAAAUUUAUACACGAGGACCAAGCAAACUUCAUAAUCGCUUAAACGAAACGAUCACGUAUGAUAAUUAAUAUGUAAUCUGUAAUUAGCAACUUGGAAGAAUUGUUCCUUGUGGAACUCGAGCGGACUAUCGCAAUGUGAUAUAAUAUCUGAAAUAAAAAAAUUACUAAAGAAAA